CAACUUUGUUUGGUAUAUACUUUGUUACCUAUGUUACCUGGAGUCAUCUAGGUUUCUUUUUUCUUCAUUUUAUAAAAUACUCUGUUACUUAGCUCUUGUGUUUAGUAAACGAGUUUGCAACUGCAAAAGAUACUAUGCAAGUUGGCCUCUUAUCAAAACUGAGUUCUCCUAGUUCAUUUAUGAAAUUAGGGAAUUAUUUGUAUUAGUCACAUGAUGCUAACGUUUUUGUUCGAAGACGUAUAACGUGUUUCAGCUGUACUUGUUUAUUUUAUUGGUUCUAGAACUUUUGUUUUCUUAUGUGCAUUGUUAUACCUCCUCAGCUAUGUAGCUGGGGUGUUGAUUCACAAAAAGUCCUUUUUCUUUUGCAGAUGAUCUUGAAAGGGUGCUUAAUUUAACCUGCUUCGUUCCUAACUUUUAAUAAUUUUACGUUUAAUGUUUACUCAGGUACUGCCAUAUUGUCUAACGUUCUAACUGAUUCAAGAAAAUGUCAAGAUAUGUUUCUAGGAUGGUCGAAGCAGAGUAGUUUAGAAAUAACAACUUCUUAAGAGGUUGAUAGGCAGAGUUAUAAGUUCUCUUGCAUUGCAUUAGCGUUGCCUAGUGUCCAUUUAUGGAUCAUUUUGUCCAUAAUAGUCAAACAGAGUUGGGAGAGCAGCUGGCGCCAUAGAGAAACCAUUUUUAAUAUGCUGAGGAACUUGCUUUGGGCAACAACAAAACACGACGUGUAUUUCAUGAAGAACUACUCCCUCAUGCAUUGGUCUUCUUUGCUGCAAAGGAGCAAAGAAGUACUUAACGUGGCAAAGCCAAUUGUUCCUACUAUGAAGCAGCCUGGAUUGUUGUCGCAGUCUAUAUCAAGAGUCCAGAUAAGCACCAUGGCAGUUAAAGACGAUUUGAUAGUUGCGGGAGGGUUCCAAGGAGAGCUUAUCUGUAAGAGAAUCAACGAACCUGGAGUUGCGUUCUGUACUGUUCUAACAUCGGUUGAAAACGACAUCACAAACUCGGUUGAUAUAUACAACGCACCAAGUGGCUCGUUAAGAGUUAUAACCGCGAACAAUGACUGCACCGUCCGUGUACUUGACGCUACAAACUUUGCUUUCCUCAACAGUUUUACCUUUGACUGGUCGGUAAAUAACGUGACGGCAAGUCCAGACGGUAAGCUAGUGGCUGUCUUAGGAGACAGUCCCGAGUGCUUACUAGCCGAUGCUGGAUCAGGUAAAGUGAUCCAUGCCCUCGAAGGCCAUCUCGACUACUCGUUUUCAUCAGCAUGGCAUCCAAACGGGCAAAUCCUAGCCACGGGGAACCAAGACACAACAUGCAGGCUAUGGGACGUGAGGAACUUAUCUAAGUCGCUCAAAGUGUUGAAAGGAAACAUGGGAGCUAUUAGAGCGUUGAGGUUUGCUUCUGAUGGACGGUUCUUGGCCAUGGCUGAGCCAGCAGACUUUGUGCACGUGUUUGACACGGAAGCUGGUUAUAGUCAGUGUCAAGAGAUUGAUAUGUUUGGAGAAAUAGCUGGAAUAUCGUUUAGUCCUGACACGGAAGCACUGUUCGUGGGAGUGGCUGAUCGUACAUACGGUAGCUUGUUGGAGUUUAGUAGGAAGCGUAACCACUUGUACUUGGAUUCCAUUUUCUGAUCUGACUCCAGUGAGCUCUAUGUGUGUGAGAGGUUAUGUUACGACGUUGGUAAGGGUUAAGUCGUUGUUUUUGUGGACUUUUGUACCUUUGUUUCCCACUUUAUGUAAGUUUAUUGAUAGA